AUGUCUGCUGCAUCAAUUGCUAGCUGCUUCUCGAAGAUUUUUAUACGGAAAAUGCAUGUCACGUAUUUGCCUAUGAGUUGGAGGUCGGGAGAUAACUAUUGCUAUCUCCUAACUGAUGAACCAUCCAAUAAGUCAUGGUUGAUUGAUCCAGCAUACCCUUCAGAUAUCAUGGACUUUUUAACGAAAAAGAAUAAAACUGAGGUUACAGGAAUAGUGAACACGCAUCACCAUUAUGAUCAUGCUGGAGGAAACGGCAAAUUGCUCUCUUCCAUUUAUAAAGGAGUUCCUGUUAUUGGUGGCAAAGAUUGUCCUUAUGUGUCAUAUAUUCCUUCCGAUGAAGAAGUGAUUCAAUUGGGAAAGAAUAUAGAGAUUACCGCGUACCACACCCCUUGUCAUACGCAAGACUCGAUCUGCUAUUAUGCUAAAGACAAGAAAACGGGCGAAAAAUGCGUUUUUACUGGCGACACUUUGUUUACAUGCGGGUGUGGUAGAUUUUUCGAAGGCACGGCCGAUCAGAUGAUCAAAGCACUACAAAAGAUAGCAGACCUACCUCCAGAAACUAUCACGUACCCGGGUCACGAAUACACGGCUUCAGAUGUGAAAUUUGCAAAGACUGUGUACGGAGAUUCGAAUAAGGCGUUGAAUAAGUUGGAAGAGUUUGCAGGUAAGCACGAGUUUACCACAGGAUUCUUCACAGUCAAGGAUGAAAAAGCAUUCAAUCCAUUUUUCAGAUUGUCUGAUGACGAUGUGGUGAGGGCCACAGGUAAGAAAGAUCCAGUUUCUGUGAUGGCGGAAUUGAGAGCUAUGAAGGAUUCCUUUUAA